AUGCAAGUUUCAACCAAAAUAUUACUAUUAUUGUUAUUAUUUUUUGUUUUCAAGUCUCAAGAUGUUCUAGCAGCAGUGAUUCAGGUAAGAAAAACAUUUUUGUUUUCCGUAAUUUUGUAAAUACAAUUUUGCGAGUCAUUUGCUUUUAAAAAACUUGAAAGACUUAAAAAUCCUAGAAUCUAGAAAAUUUUAACAAACUGAUUGACUGAAUAAAUUCCUGAAAGUUUUCAAAAUAUCUAAAUUUUUAAUAAAAUCUUAUCACACAAAAUCAUAUUCCAUGUGAUAGUAAUUUUAAAUGAAUAAAUAAAUUUCUUAUAAAUAAAAUAUAGUAGUAAAACUUUGAGAACAAAUCAAGUAAAAAUCUCAUAAAACAAAUAAAGUUUUGGGCACAUUUUUAAUAAGAGAAAAUUAAAUCAUAAAUUUAAUUUUCGUCGAAAUUGGUGAGUUAUGAAGUCUAGUGUACAUUUUUUGAACUCUUGGAACAAGUUUAAUGUUUUUCAUAAUUGAGUUUUUCCUAAACGCAAUUCACGUAGUUCUGAAUCAUUUUAAAAAUGUUCUUUUUUUUUUCAGAAAAUAAAUGUGCCGGAAAUCAAAUCAGAUAUCAAGCCAAGUUCAAAUUCAAGUUCUCAGCGAGUUCGACGACAAUAUCCUUAUGGAAUUAAUGGUUUAGGAGGAUAUGGUGGAUAUGGAGGUUAUGGAGGGUACGGUAGUUAUGGAAUGAAUGGCAUGGGAAUGGGAUAUCCGGUUUGUUUUUUUUCCAAAAUAAUUUUUACAAUUUUCAAACAACAAAGUUGCAAAAAAAGCUCAAAAGUUUUUUUUUUGAAAACCGAUAUCGCAAUUUUUCCAGUACACGGCAUAUAGCAAUGGUAUAUUUCCGCUGGCCGGUGGGUAUUAUCCUGGAAGUAUUGUUGGAUCUGGUUCAAUGUGGGCGGCUGGUGGAGGACUUGUUGGAAAUAUGUUGUCAUUUUUAAUAGGAUAA